UCUCUCUCUCUCUCUCUCUCUAGCAUUGAUUCAGAACUCCCUCUCUCUACCAUUAGUAGACAAGUUUCUCUCUCCUACUUUUAAGAAGAAGCUUUCGAGACUUUCCCUGCUUAUAAGAAUCUCUCUCCUCCAAUUUCCAACGGGACUUUCUCUGCUGGGGUCCCUCUCUCUCUUCCAAUUUUCAAAGAGAAGCUCUGCUUGAGUUUCUCUCUCCUCUCUUUCUCUCUAAAUUUUUUAUUGAGUAGCUCUGCUUGAGUUUCUCUUUUGACAUAUAUUAAGGUUCCUCUAGUCUCUGUCUCUCUCUCUGUCUCUCUGUUUACCAUGGAUUCGACCUCCUCUCCGCUCUGUAUGAACACUGUAGAUAUCUCUGGUGUUCUAAGGCACCAAACAUCGAGACCCAAUUCAAGGUUGUCAAAAAUAGCGAAUUUCUCGCUCCCAAUCUCUUCUUUCUCUCUUUACAGAGCACCCAUCAGCGCCCCAAUUGCUCCCCUCUCCAGCCACUAUGGUUUCAGAGCUUCCAUAUCGCAACACAGUUCAGAACUUUUGAAAUUGGGUCAAGUUCAGAGCCAAAAAAGCAGGAGGAGGUUCUCGGUUUCAGCUGUUUUCGAGAGAUUUACAGAGAGAGCAAUCAAAGCCGUGAUGUUUUCCCAAAAGGAAGCGAAGAGCCUGGGCAAAGACAUGGUCUUUACCCAACAUCUUUUGUUGGGUUUGAUUGCAGAGGAUCGAAGCUCUGACGGGUUUCUCGGCUCUGGCAUAACAAUUGAGAAGGCACGAGAAGCAGUCGUUAAUAUUUGGAGUGAGAGCUCUACACCCAUGGCUGAUUUGGGCGGUGCAGCUUCUGCAACCGAUGUGCCUUUCUCAUUGAGUAGCAAGCGUGUUUUUGAGGCAGCAGUCGAGUAUUCGAGAAAUAUGAAUUACAAUUACGUUGCACCAGAGCACAUUGCAGUCGGGUUAUUCACUGUUGAUGAUGGCUCUGCUCUCAAGGUCAUUGAAAGAUUGGGCGUGGACCCGGACCACUUAGCAUCUAUUGCAGUCACGAGGCUUCAAGGUGAGCUAGCCAAGGACGGUAGAGAGCCAUCCAUUUCGUCAAACAAGCCUCGUGAGAAAUCAACUCCUGGCAAGAGCUCUAUCUCAAGAGUCUCGGAUAGAAGGAAAGAGAAAAGUGCAUUGUCUCAAUUCUGUGUGGAUCUCACUGCUCAAGCUGGUGAGGGCCUAAUUGAUCCUGUAAUUGGGAGAGACAAAGAGCUCAAUAGAGUUAUUCAGAUCCUUGGACGAAGAACAAAGAACAAUCCAAUUCUUUUAGGAGAACCAGGUGUCGGGAAAACUGCUAUUGCUGAAGGCUUGGCUAACCAUAUUUUGAACGGAGAGGUUCCCUUGUUUCUUUCGGGAAAGCGUAUAAUGUCCUUGGAUAUUGGUUUACUAAUGGCGGGCGCCAAGGAGCGGGGGGAGUUGGAGGCACGAGUUAAUAACAUAUUGAGUGAAAUCCAAAAAGAAGGUAACAUAAUUCUCUUCAUUGAUGAAGUGCAUACACUCAUUGGGUCUGGAUCAGUUAAAGCAGGCAAAGGGUCAGGUCUCGAUAUUGCCAAUUUGUUGAAGCCUUCUCUUGGGAGGGGUGGUUUACAGUGUAUGGCUUCUACAACAGUGGAUGAGCACCGUCAACAUUUUGAGAAGGACAAAGCAUUAGCCCGGAGGUUUCAACCUGUGCUAAUAAAUGAGCCUAGCCAGGAGGAUGCAGUAAAGAUAUUAUUGGGUUUGCGAGAGAAGUAUGAAUCUCACCACAAUUGCAGAUUCACCUUGGAAGCUAUAAAUGCAGCUGUCCAUUUGUCUGCAAGAUAUAUUGCGGAUCGACAUCUUCCCGACAAGGCCAUUGAUCUCAUUGAUGAAGCUGGAAGUAGAGCUCGUAUGAAUGCUUUCAGGAGGAGGAAGGAACAACAAACCAGUAUCCUUUCGAAGAGUCCUACUGAGUAUUGGCAAGAAAUCCGAGCUGUUCAAGCUUUGCAAGAGCAGGUCCUAGCCAAUAAAAAUACAUACUCACUGAACGAUGAUAGUGGAGACAGUUCCGUCAUGGUCCCUGGAGUUAAAAGUGAAGUUGAUCCUGCCCCAGAACCAAAUGUGCCUGGCUCAUCAGAUGAAAAUGAGCCUGUUAUGGUCGGGCCAGAUGACAUAGCCGCAGUUGCUUCUUUGUGGUCGGGGAUCCCAGUACAGCAGCUAACUGCAAAUGAACAAAUGAUGUUGUAUGGUCUUGAUGAGCAGCUCCAGAACCGUGUGAUUGGUCAAGAUGAGGCUGUCAGUGCCAUCUCUAGAGCCGUAAAAAGAUCACGAAUUGGCUUAAAGGACCCCAACAGACCUAUUGCCGCCAUGCUCUUCUGUGGCCCAACUGGAGUUGGUAAAACUGAACUAACAAAAGCCUUGGCUGCAAGUUACUUUGGAUCGGAGGAUGCCAUGAUAAGAUUGGACAUGAGUGAAUUCAUGGAGGCCCAUACUGUGAGCAAAUUGAUUGGAUCACCCCCUGGAUACGUAGGCUAUGGUGAGGGAGGGACUCUCACUGAAGCUGUUCGGAGAAAACCCUUCACUGUGAUACUCCUCGAUGAAAUUGAGAAGGCUCAUCCACAAAUAUUUAACAUCCUGCUACAAGUGUUUGAGGAUGGCCACCUCACUGAUUCUCAGGGCCGGAGAGUAUCUUUCAAGAAUACUCUGAUCGUUAUGACAUCAAAUGUGGGAUCAACCUCUAUUGCAAAGGGUGGGCGUAACACCAUCGGCUUCUUGAUUGCUGACGACAAGGAGUCAAGCUCUUAUUCUGCAAUCAAAGCUCUAGUUAUGGAGGAGUUGAAGGCAUUUUUCAGACCAGAGUUACUCAACAGGAUAGAUGAAGUGGUCACUUUCCGGCCCCUCGAGAAGAGACAGAUGCUAGAGAUUUUGAAUCUAAUGCUUCGAGAGGUGAAGACCAGACUUCUUUCUCUAGGAGUCGGCCUAGAGGUCUCUGAAGCCAUCAAGGAUCUCAUUUGUGAACAGGGUUACGACCGAAGCUAUGGGGCUCGUCCCCUACGAAGAGCAGUGACCCUAUUGGUCGAAGAUGUUCUUAGUGAAGCCCUUCUUACAGGAGAGUACAAGCAAGGAGACACUGCCUUAAUAGAUGUAGAUAGCACUGGAAACCCAUUUGUCACAAGGCACGAAAACCCGGAUCGAUCUGAUCACAAUAUGCAUUUCUCUUCAGUGAGAUCAGCUUUGUGAUGCCCAAGAGUAUAUAAUAUACAUUAUGUGCAUACAUACAUACAGAGUCUUGAUUCAUGUUUAUUCUGUUGGGACCCCAUGGGGUUUAUUCUUCUUUGUAUAGUUAUAAGUGAAUGUUUAUUUUUAUUAUGAAUUUAUCUAUAGGCAUUAUUCUUUUAAAAAUGGAAAAGCAAAAGAGGUCCUAAGAGCUGUGAAUUUAUCAGCAA